AUGGACAAGACAACAGUAGGGGAUUAUAUCAGACAGGACAUAGAGAGAGACAAGACAACAGUAGGGGAUUAUAUCAGACAGGACAUAGAGAGAGACAAGACAACAGUAGGGGAUUUUAUCAGGCAGGACAUAGAGAGAGAGAAAGAGACAAGACAACAACAGGACAUAGAGAGAGACAAGACAACAGUAGGGGAGUCUAUCAGACAGGACACAGAGAGAGCCAAGACAACAGUAGGGGAUUAUAUCAGACAGGACACAGAGAGAGCCAAGGCAACAGUAGGGGAUUCUAUCAGACAGAACAUAGAGAGAGAAAAGACAACAGUAGGGGAUUAUAUCAGACAGGACAUAGAGGGGGACAAGACAACAGUAGGGGAUUCUAUCAGACAGGACAUAGAGAUGGACAAGACAACAGUAGGGGAUUAUAUCAGACAGGACAUAGAGAGAGACAAGACAACAGUAGGGGAUUCUAUCAGACAGGGCAUAGAGAGGGACAGGACAACAGUAGGGGAUUAUAUCAGACAGGACAUAGAGAGAGACAAGACAACAGUAGGGGAUUCUAUCAGACAGGGCCAAGGGAGGGACAAGACAAUUAUAUCAAUCCUUAAGAACUUCAAUAAUGAAUAA